AUGAAAUUGUAUUCGAUAGCCGUUUUGCACAAAAAUACCGAUUCGGGAGAUGUUAAGAUCCUCAAAACCGCCUUCGAUUUGUCGAGCUUCAGCUUUUUCCAACGUGGAUCUGUUCAGGAAUUUAUGACAUUCACCGGGAAAUUGUUGGUGGAAAGAAGUGGAUUGGGAGCGAGAAGCUCGGUUAAGGUGAGCAUUUUGAGAUUUUUGAGCAAAUUUGGAGCAUUUUGAACCUAAAAAUGGUGAAAAUCCGAAAAUUUUGACCUGAAAUUGAGUUUUGGAGCAUUUUCAGCUCAAAAUUCUGAAUUUCAAGCGAAUUUGGAGCAUUUUGAGUGUAAAUUUGACCUGAAAUUAAAUUUUGGAGCAUUUUGAGCCCGAUUUUGAGAUUUUUGAGCAAAUUUGGAGCAUUUUGAGCACGAAUUUGACCUGAAAUUAAAUUUUGGAGCAAAUUUGGAGCAUUUUGAACCUAAAAAUGGUAAAAAUCCGAAAAUUUUGACCUGAAAUUGAAUUUUGGAGCAUUUUCAGCUCGAAAUUCUGAAUUUCAAGCGAGUUUGGAGCAUUUUGAGUGUAAUUUUGACCUGAAAUUGAAUUUUGGAGCAUUUUGAGCUGGAAAUUCUGAAUUUCAAGCGAAUAUGGAGCAUUUUGAACCUAAAAAUUGUGAAAAUCUGAAAAUUUUGACCAGAAAUUCAAAUUUUGGAGCAUUUUCAGCUCAAAAUUGAAAUUUUUGAGCAAAUUUGGAGCAUUUUGAGUGUAAAUUUGACCUGAAAUCAAAUUUUGGAGCAUUUUGAGCUCGAAAUUCUGAAUUUCAAGCGAAUUCUGAGCAUUUUGAGCAUAAUUUUGACCUGAAAUUGAAUUUUGGAGCAUUUUGAGCCAAAAUGCUCCAAAAUUUCAUCAAAAAACAUCAUUUUUGCACAAAAAAUCCCAAAUUUUCACAAUUUUUCAUCUAAAAACGUUGAAAAUCCCAAAUUUCCCCACCAAAACCUGAAAUUAAUUCCAGGAAAACGAAUAUUUGUGUCAUUGCUAUGUGCGGAAUGAUGGUUUAUCAGCUGUUUGUGUCACAGACGCCGAAUAUCAAUCCAGGGUCGCCAUGUCGUGUCUGGGACGAGUUUUGGACGAUUUUACUGCCAAAAUUCCGGCGAUUCAAUGGGUAAGCAUGGAAAAUGAGCCAAAAUUGGAGAUUUUUGAGCAAAAAUGAGCCCGGAAACGUGAAUUUUGCACUAUUUUUAGCCUAGAAUUCAUUUUGGGUCAAUUUCGCCCUGAAAACAUAGAGGUGUAAACGUGGAGCAUCGUUUGAAUGGAAAAACUACGAUGCUCCGCGUUCACACCCUCAAAAAACAUGGUUUUUGGGUCAAAAUCAGUCGAAUUUUCUGAUUUUUGCCUCGAAAUCCCCCAAAAAUUCAAUUUUCCACCUGAUUUUCUCUACAGCCAGCCAUCAAAACCGACAAAGAUUGCACAUAUAACGGUUUGGGUGAAUUGUUGGCGAAAUGGCAAAAUCCACGUGACGCCGAUCCGAUGACACGUGUUCAGGAGGAAGUUGAGGAGACGAAGAUUGUGAUGCACAACACAAUUCAAUCGGUUUUGGAUCGAGGCGAGAAAUUGGAUGAUUUGGUGAGUGUUUUGGGCACCGGAAAUUAAUUUUUAGGUGAAAAUUUGCGAUUUUUUGAUACCAAAUAUGCCCGAAAAUUUGAAUUUUUCAAUUUCGCGCCCGAAAAACAACGUGGCCGAACCUUUGAUAAAACUCGGUCAUGUGGUUUUUAGCGGUGUAAACGCGGAGCAUCGUAUAAGAAUCAAAAACUACGACGCUCCGUGUUUACACCUUCAAUUUUCGAGCGCGAAAAUUUGAAAUUCAAAUUUUUUUUUUGUGCCGAAAAUUUUCUGAUGAAAAUUUGCAUAGGAGAAUUUUUUUUGAAAAAUUUGAAUUUCUCAAUUUCGCGCCCAAAAUUCGACGUGGCCGAACUUUUGAGAAAACUAGGCCAUGUGGAUUUUCAGGCGCGAAAAUUUCAAAUUUUGAAAAUUGCUGGAAAAAAUUCAAAUUUUCUUAUCUAGCCUCCAAAAUUCCACGUGGCCGAACUUUUGAGAAAACUCGGCCAUGUGGUUUUUAGCGCGAAAAUUGAAAAAAACGUGGUGUAAACUACGACGCUCCAUGUUUACACCUACAAUUUUCAAGCGCCAAAAUUUGAAAUUCAAAUUUUUUUAAAUCAAAGCUAAAUUUUCUGAUAAAAAUUUGAAUUUUUCAAUUUCGCGCCCGAAAAACAACGUGGCCGAACUUUUGAUAAAACUCGGCCAUGUGGUUUUUAGCGUGAAAAAUUCAAAUGUUCCUAUUUCGCGCCCGAAAUUCCACAUGACCUAACUUUUCAAAAAACAAGGCCAUAUAGAUUUUUAGCGCUGAAAAGUUCAAAUUUUCUUAUCUAGCCUCCAAAAUUCCACGUGGCCGAACUUUUGAGAAAACUAGGCCAUGUGGAUUUUUAGCUCGAAAAGUUCAAAUUUUGAAAAUUAUUGAAAACAUUCAAAUUUUCUAAAUUCGUGCUCAAAAUUCCACGUGGCCUAACUCUUCAAAAAACUAGGCCACCUCAAAUCUAGCCUUAUUUAGACUCAAAAAUUCCCAAAUUUCAGCCUGAUCCCAAAUUUUCAGCUUCUUUUCCAACCCAAAAUUAAUUUCAGGUCAAAAAAUCGGAGAAUUUAUCGGAUCAAUCGAAAUUGUUCUACACACAGGCUCGAAAAAUGAACAAAUGCUGUAAUUAUGUCUAA